UAAAGUCUUAUUUAGUGCACUGAUCUGGAAUAAUCGUUCGUGAAGUCUGCGUCGUGAAGAUCUAUCACUACAGCUACGCGAUCUAGUUUAGCAGAGUUUCAAUCUCCAGCAGCAGACAGCUCUGAUCUUGUGGAGAGCUCGCACUCAGUUUGAUCACACGAACAAAGUUCAGCAGCAUCUCCUACACAACCACAUAAUUCAAAAGCCUCGAAAGCAUUUGCACGAUGGCCGACAGCGGCGAAAACACUGUCCCUGACGAGCAAAAUAAGACCACUGAAGUUUCACCAGCGACCAAGGAUCCCAUCGCAGCAAAAGAUGUGCAAUCACUUUUAGAUCAAUUGGCCCUAUCGCAACCUAAGAAGGAGGGAAAAGCGCCGGAAGACUACAAGUUUUGGAAUACCCAGCCAGUUCCCAAGUUCACUGAGCCGAACCUCAUUCAGUCCACGACAGGCCCUGACGGCGAGAAGCUCCCCGAAGGUGCCAUCAUUUCAGACGAGACAUGCGUGGCGGGCGCUAAGCCGACGCCGGGUCGACUGCCAGAUGGGUUCGAAUGGUGCGAGAUCGACCUGUCGGACAAGGCAGAACUCCAGGAACUCUACGACCUUCUCUUCAACCACUACGUCGAAGACAACGAGGGCUCUUUCCGCUUCAACUACUCCGCAGAGUUCCUCGACUGGGCACUCAAACCACCAGGAUGGAAGAAGGAAUGGCACAUUGGUGUCCGCACCAAAUCCCCAGCGGCGGCGAAGAAAGGUAAACUCGUCGCCUCCAUCGCCGGGAUUCCCGUGACACUCCAUGUGCGCGAGUCGUCCUUCCGUGCCAGUGAGGUCAACUUCCUCGCCAUCCACCGCAAGCUCCGCAACAAGCGCCUCGCUCCCAUGAUGAUCCGCGAGAUCACUCGGAGAUGCUUCCGCAACGGCAUCUACCAGGCACUCUACACCGCGGGUACCCUCCUGCCCACUCCAGUCAGCACAUGCCGCUAUUUCCAUCGCUCGCUGGAUUGGGAACACCUCUACCGUGUCGGCUUCAGCCAUCUCCCAUACGGCACCACCGCGCUGAGACAGAAGCUGAAGUAUAAAGUCGAAGACAAGACUGCCACCAAGGGACUCCGCGCCAUGAAAGAGGUCGAUAUUCCCGCCGUCAAGGACCUUCUCGCACGUUACGGAGAGCGAUUCGCGCUCCGACAAGAUUUCAGCACCGAGGAGAUCGCCCACUGGCUAUGUUCUCAAGCGUCGAAGGGAGUGGUGUGGGCUUGGGUAGUGGAGGAGCACGGCAAGAUCACCGAUUUCAUCUCCUACUACGCGCUCGAGUCCACCGUGCUCCGCUCCAACCGCAACGACACCAUCCGCGCCGCCUACCUAUACUACUACGCCACGGAGACGGCCUUCACCGGUAGCAAGGACAACCAGGACGCGCUGCAAGCCCGCCUGCAGCAACUCGUGCACGACGCGCUGAUCCUGGCCAAGAAGGACAACUUCCACGUCUUCAACGCCCUCAGCCUCCUGGACAACCCGCUGUUCCUGCGCGAGCAGAAGUUCGAGCCUGGUGAUGGCAAGUUGCACUACUACCUCUACAACUGGCGCACGGCGGCCAUCGACAGUGGUCUGAACGAGGCGAACAUGCCGGAUACGAGUAAGAUGGGUGGCGUGGGUGUUGUCAUGCUGUAGUGGUUUGAACGUGUGGGUGAAUCACAAAGAGAUCUGGUCAAACCGGAUUUGGGGUCGCGGCUACGAGUUUGCACAGCACUCAUGGGGAGUGUGGAUUGCGAGGGAAAAGUUUUGUAUAGGUGAAUUGAAAACACGCAUUGCACAACAUUUUCCUACGCUCCGUGUAUAGUUCCGAUAGUACCAUGGACUGCUAACAUGGCUGGGAUGCUGACGGAAAUGAAACGUACGAGCAGUAUCACGAUUGAUUCGACCGCGCUGCUUUUCUGUC